CAAUUCAUUAAAUCCUAAAUCCAUUAUUGAACCCCAAAAAAAAAAAAACUCUCCUUUAUUCACUUUCUAUUACAAAAUCAUAAUCUUCUCUGAGUUUUCUCUUUGAUUCCAUUUUGUGAACCACACGAGCAAAAAAAAUGACAAUUGCUUUAACGAUCGGAGGAAACGGGUUCUCGGGUCUACCCGGAUCGUCGUUUUCAUCAUCAUCUUCAUCGUUUCGAUUAAAAAACAGCAGAAGAAAGAACACGAAGAUGCUCAACAGAUCAAAAGUCGUUUGUUCUUCUUCAUCUUCUGUAAUGGAUCCGUAUAAAACCCUUAAGAUCCGACCCGAUUCGUCUGAAUACGAGGUCAAGAAAGCUUUCAGACAACUCGCUAAAAAGUAUCAUCCUGAUGUUUGUAGAGGAAGCAAUUGUGGGGUUCAGUUUCAGACAAUUAACGAAGCUUACGAUAUUGUGUUGAAGCAAAUAAAGAAUCAGAUGGAAGGGACGGAGGAAUUUGAGCCGUUCGAUGUAUACGAUGAGGGAUUGAACGGAAUGAAUGAUCCAGAUUGCGACACGUGGGAAGAAUGGAUGGGAUGGGAGGGAGCAGGGACCCGUGACUACUCGUCUCAUGUUAAUCCUUACGCUUGAAAACGAAUGAUUUCACUAAUUAAUUUCGAAAUCAUCCAAAAUGUGUUAUGUAUAUAAAUAACAAUCAGAGAGAGACUAAAAAGCACAACAAUGUAAAUAGGUGAAAAAUUGUCUCAUUUAAUGAUUGCUUAAAUGUGAAUAAAGUAAUUUCUCCUCC